AUGCUGAUGACCAACAAGCCAAGUUUCGAGUUCCAAGAAAUUUCUGAAGCGACACCGAAAGUCAACCGAACUCAACUCCGAGUUUCCGACCUCGACUACCGUCAACGGGGCAUCAUUGGUCCCAUCAAAAAUCAAGGGAAAUGCGGCGCGAGCUACGCUUUCGCCACGGUUUCCGUGGUGGAGGCGAUGGCGGCCAAGCAGGGCCGAGGUCUGAACGUCCUUUCGGAGCAGCAUCUCGUCGACUGCGUCCCCGACGGAUGUUUUGGAGGAAGUCUCGAAAAGGCUUUUGGGUCUGUUUUUUUCAUGUGACUUCUGAUUCACGGCUGACUUAAGACAUCGAAAAAAGGGUCCUGAAGCAAUGAAAAAAAGACAGUGAUUGGUUAGUGGUGAGCUCAGACAAGCCACGCCCCCUUAAAGUCCCAAGCUAGACUUGAAUCGGCUAUAUAAUCGAUUUGGAUUGAGAAAACAGAAAAUAGGUCUCGAGACGAUUAUAAGAAGGAACACGUGGUUUUACGUGGAUAUAAGUUUUCUCGCCUCUUAAGUCAACGAUGAAUAGGCUAUACUUCCUAAAUAACGACAGAGCGGUCAUUGAAGGGGCUAGGGAUAAAAUGUAGGGGAUGAACUUCAUUGGGGAACUUUUGGGGAGUCUUGAUGAUCGAAAAAAAAAGGAAAUUAGGGGUUGGUUUUGACAGCAACAGACCUCAAACGGUUUAGCGAAUUUGCUGCGUUGAGUGUAUCUCUGUUUGUUUACUCUUCACACCUCCCCGACAAAGAGAGAUAUGAUGACGACAUAAACACCCAACAAAUCGAUAUACAACUCGGCGGACCCGUUCCAGGUCGGCUGCAGCCAGAUCGCCGUCUAUAUAAGGCAGAUCUUUCUGACGGUGCUAUCGGUGGUGCUGCCCGAUUUUCGUCUGAAUGAUCGCCGAUUUGUGAUGCCGUAUCUUUAGACAGUCCGCCAGUGACUUCCGACGGCCCGGACUGGCUGCCGCGGUGA